AUGAAUAUUAAGGAGUUACUUUACAAUGAAAUUAUUAUAAUAAAAAUAACCGAAUUUUUAACCAUCUUGGAGGUUCAAAAUUUAAUUAUAUCAUUGGGAAUUAAAGUGAAAAGGGAUAUAUAUUUUAUGAGAGAGUGCCUAUCCUUAUUGAGUAUAAGAAAAGAUGGAAAGCAAACAGUGAGCAAGUCAAUCGAAAAUAAUGAAACAUGUGAUAAUAACACAAAUGGUAGUAACACGUAUAAUAACAACACGUAUAAUAACAACACGUAUAAUAACAACACGUAUAAUAACAACACGUAUAAUAACAACACGUAUAAUAACAACACGUAUAAUAACAACACGUAUAAUAACAGCACGUAUAAUAACAACACGUAUAAUAACAACACGUAUAAUAACAACACAUAUGAUAAUAACACGUAUAAUAACAACACAUAUGAUAAUAACACACAUGUUAACCUUAGCGAGAACUUUGAUUUUGCAGACCCGGUGAACGAAGCAGCGAAUAUAAUUACGUUUGAUGAGUUGAAUAAUAACAGUGAAUAUUCACUUGGAAACUCUAGUGACAUCAAUUUCCAUUAUAGUGUGCACGAAAAUAAUGAUAAUUAUGAGGACGAGAAAACAUAUGAAGGUUUAACUAACAGUGAAAAAGAUUUGACACAUUGUCGAAAGGAUGGAAACAAAUGUGGGGAUAAAAAUUAUUAUGAAAGAGACACACAUUUAUUUAUGCCUCCUAGUACAAGUAUUAUUGACCCAUUUGGAAUUGAUAAAGAAAAAUUCUUAGACUACUAUGAAAUAAGACAGUGUUUAUAUUGUAAUAAUAACGAAAAAGAAGAAGAAGGAAGUAAAAAAAUGUUCAUGAAUUAUUGGUUAUUCUUACACUUACGUAAAGAGGUAGUUGAUAUAAAAAAAGAAAUUGCAGAAGGUUUUUCAAAAAUUACAGUAGAUCAUCCUGUUUAUAGAAAUAAUGAAAUAAAUAUAGAUAUUUUUCUUCUUUAUAAAUUUGAAGGAAAAUAUUAUUACAUAUUUGAUAUGCCUUGGAUGUCUAUAUAUUAUCAGUUAUGUUUAAAUGCAAUUUGUUUAUAUUGUAGUGCUAAAGUUGAUAACAAUUCUGCUUGCAUUUUUGCGGAGAAAUUUAGUUUAUACAUAUCUAACAUGUGGCUCUUAAGUUACUUGAAAGAACUUAAUGAAUCGAAAGAAAAAAAUUCUGAUACGAAAAAUAGGCAUUCAUUGGAAGAAAAAAUAGACACACAGCAACCUGAGAAAGAUGUCCGAACAAAUGACAAAGAACAAAUCGGUUUUACAGUGACAAAUGGACACAGCAGUGGCGAUAAGAACAACAACGUUAAUAGUAAUAGUAAUAGUGAUGAUAACAACAAUAACAGUAAUGGUAACAGUAAUGCCCACGACAAUGGUCAUAACAGCAAAUCCUUCUUCGAUACUGAAUUUGGCAAUGCCGAUAGUGAUAGUGAUUGCGGGGCUGACAUCAAUGGCAGUGAUUAUGGUUCUGAUUAUCGUGAUAACGAUGAUAGUUAUUAUGAUAAUAGUAACAAUAACAAUAAAAAGAAUUUAUAUUAUAAUAACGACAGACAAAGGGAAUUUGUGGUCAUAAGAAAAAUACAUGUGUUUUGUGAGAGUUGUACAAAAUUAUUAGAGUACAGAUCGAACGUGGACUCCUUACUUGAAACCAUAAAAAAAGAUUAUGAGUUGUUAAAAAAAAUUAAAUUAACUAGUAAGACAUUUAAGAUACCAAAAGAUUUAUUUUGUUUGUGUAAUUAUUUUUUUUUUAAAGAUAAAUACAUUGUUUUUUUUAAAAAAAUUAGUACCAAUUUGCAAGCGUUCAGGAAAAUGCUACGGGAAAAAUUAAUUAAUAACUUUAUUUUUUCCUUUACUCUUAACUUUUACAAAUUUGUAAUUCGUUACUUGUUAUUAUGCGAUGACAGAAAAUUAUAUAAGCAGGAAAAUAUCUUUCUAUUUGGCUUUUAUGUAAAAUAUGAAAAUUUACUCAAAAUGUUCAAUAGUCCACGAAUUACUCUUAUGUAUUUUUCUUUUAAUGUUAUAUCUAAGAAAAUUCAAAAAUUACAACUCUGUUAUAGGAACAAGCAGUUUUUAAGGGUAUCCAGAUCUUUGCAUUAUGAUGUUGUAGCAAUUAUUGAAAAACUUAAAAACAUUCAUAGAAAAAGUGUUUACAAACAUUUUUCCAUGUAUAUGUAUGAUAAUAUGAAUAGUAAUAUAUUGUCUAAAACAAGUUAUGAGGAUAUAUACAAUUACUUCUUUAAGCACGUUCAGAGUUUUAAAUUUUCUUAA